AUGGCCGAAGAACAGAAGCCCGUCGAGGUCCCCGAGACCACCCCCGCCGCCGCUGAGCCCGUCGCCGAGACAAAGCCUGAGGAGACACCCGCUGCUGAGACUCCUGCCGCUGAGCCUGCUGCCGCUGCCACUGAAGCUGCGCCCGAGACGACUGAGGGUGAAGCCGAGGCCGCCGCCGCACCGGCCGAGGAGGCUAAGAAGGAAGAGGUGAAGCCUAUCGAAGCUGGUACCCUUGAGCACAAGGGUGCCCCCGCCAACUUCCCCAAGAACCUCAUCUACUCCAAGCUGCACUUCUGGUUCGGCACCGAGGCCGUCCCGAAGGAGAAGCUCGCCGCCUACCUCAAGAACGAGAAGACCACCGAGGUCGCCCACCACGUUGCCGCAUGGGCUACCGAGACUGGCAAGGGUCUGCUGUUCUACGGAAAGGAGAGCGACAAGAGCACCCCUACUGGUGCCAUCCAACUCGCUGAGGCUUCUGAACCUACUACUGAGGGUACCAGCAAGUUCUCCUUCACUGCCAAGGGCCACAAGCACACCUUCAAGGCCCCCACUGCCGCUGAGCGUGACAACUGGGUCGAGCAGCUCAAGCUCAAGAUCGCCGAGGCCAAGGAGCUAGCUACCACCAUCACUGAGAGUGAGACCUACAAGCAGACCAUUGAGAGCUUCAAGCCCACCCCUCCCCCCAAGGAGGACAAGCCUACCGCCGCCGCUGAGGGUGAGGCCCCCAAGGAGGAAGCUAAGGAAGAGCCCAAGGAAGAGGAGGACAAGCCCGAGGAGCCCAAGGAGGAGAAGAAGGAAGAGAAGAAGGAGGGUUCCAAGCGCCGAUCUGCCAGCCGGAAGCGCGCCUCCAUCUUCGGCAACCUUCUCAGCAAGAAGGAAGAAGCCAAGAAGGAGACUCCCGCCGAGGACAAGCCCGCUGAAGACAAGCCUGCUGAGACGACCGAGGCCGCUGAGCCCGCUGCCGAGGCUGCUCCUGAGGCGGAGACCCCCGCUGCUGAAGCCGCUGCCCCUGCUGAGGAGGCUAAGAAGGAGGAGCCCACUACCAAGCCUACUCCUUCCAAGCGUGCUAGCAUCUUCGGUGGCCUGUCCUUUGGCAAGAAGAAGGCUGAGACUUCCGAGUCUGCCCCCACCACUCCUGCUAAGGAGACCUCCGGCGAGGCUCCCGUCGCUGAGAACGCUCCUGUGAUCCCGGCUGUCGAGACCACGGAGCCUCUCUCCACUGAGGUCGCCUCUCCUACUGCUGCUGCCGGUGAGGGUGAAACCCCUGCCACCAACGGCGAGACCAAGGAGGUCAAGACUGAGAAGCGCAAGUCUUCUCUGCCUUUCGGCUUCGGCAAGAAGGACAAGUCUGCCACCUCCGAUGAGGAAGGCGAGAAGGUCAAGUCCCCUCCGUUCUUCUCCAAGCUGCGCCAGACCGUGAAGGGUAAGGGCAAGGCUGAGAAGCCCGCCGAGGACAAGCCUGCUGAGACCGCUGAGGCUUCCGAGCCUGCCAAGGAGGCUACCCCCGAGGAGCCUAUUGCCGAGGAAGCCGCCCCCGCGGAGACGCCUGCCGCUGCUGCCCCCGCCCCUGUUACUGCCGCCGCAUAGAGUGCGCGUCGGUUCGGCCUACGGGUCAAAUAUUAAUGUUUUCAUAAAGAGUAUCCACGACACUGGGUUUGGUCGGGAACGGAUCUGCAUUUCAAGAUACCCUACAAGACUGGUUCUGAACUGAUACCCCCAUCUGUUGUCGGCUAUUGACAUUCGCUUUUUCCGUUUGUUGCGGGAGUGGGCGCGUUGAUGAGCCGGAGGAGAUGGCAUCCAUGAUCUUUAUACUGACGCUUUUUGCAUGUCUUGUCUCAAUUUGCGAGGAGAACUGCUUUUGUUUGACACAUCUUUUCCUAAUACUCAGCUGAUACCCAGUAUACCCCCUGUCAUUUGGUUGAUGCGGAUCAGAAAAUACCUGCGAGACGGCACGCAAACGUUUCUUCUUUUACAGUGACGGAGUGGG